UCUCAUUGGGUUUGGCUCGCCUCUCCUUUCAUUCAAGUUUCGCGGCAACGCCUCUCCCCCAACUUCAGAACCCCUCUCUCUCUCUCUCUCUCUCUCUCUCUGUAGGUCUCUCUCUCUCUCUCUCUCUCUCUCUCUCUCUAGAAAUUGCUCAUCUCUUGAAGUUCGCUGCUGUCUAUGGUUCGAUUUUGAUCGCAGAAGCCCUGCUAUCGAUAAGAGAAAAAAGACUCUCAUGGCGCCAGCAAAGAAAUCUAGAAGUGUGAAUAAGCGGCUUCUGAAUUUUGAUGAGGUGUCUUCUGAUAAAGAUCUUGGGAAUUCAAACAAAGGCAGACAGCGGAAGAGAAAGUUAUCUGAUAUGUUAGGAUCUCAAUGGAGUAAAGAAGAACUUGAGCGUUUCUAUGAAGCUUACAGGAAGUAUGGAAGAGAGUGGAAGAAGGUGGCUGCUGUGGUACGUAAUAGAUCUGUAGAAAUGGUGGAGGCCCUCUACAACAUGAAUCGGGCAUACUUGUCCCUGCCAGAAGGAACAGCUUCUGUAGUUGGCUUGAUAGCUAUGAUGACUGAUCAUUAUAAUGUCCUGGAAGGGAGUGACAGUGAGAGAGAAAGCAAUGAUGCUUCAGGAAUAUCUCGGAAACCUCAGAAACGUGGUCGGGGAAAUGUUAAGCAUAGCAUCUCAAAAGAAGAUAUUUUGCUAUCCCGGUCAGUUGCAUCAAGUGAUGGGUGCCUAUCAUUAUUAAAAAGGAGACACUCUGAUGGUCGUGCGGUUGGAAAACGGACACCUCGUUUCCCUGUUUCAUACAAGAAAGAUGAUGGGGAGAAUUAUGUUUCACCUAGUCAGAAAGGCCGGAAAUCAGGAGCAGAUGCUAAUGAUGAUGAGGUGGCUCAUGUGGCAGCAUUGGCAUUAACAGAAGCUUCCCAGAGAGGUGGUUCUCCCCAAGUUUCUCAGAUGCUGUACAGAAGAGCUGGGCACAUGAAGCACUCACAAGCUCAGAGGAGGGAAGGGAAGGUAGCUAAACUUCGUGUGACUGCUAUGGAUCAAGACUUAUUGGAAGGUGGCUUAGGCAGCAGGGAUGCUGAAAAUGGAGAAUAUGUUAGAGACUCAAGCUCCUUGAUGGUUAUGGAAGGUGUUGGUACAGUUGAAGUUCGAAGAGGGAAGAAGUUUUAUGGAAAGAAAGAAAAUGUUGAAGACAUAGGAAACACACAACUUGAUGACGGAAGGGAAGCAUGCAGUGGGACUGAAGAAGGAUUGAAUAUGAAUACCAUGAAGGGAAAAGUUGAUAUUGAAGUUGCAAAUGUAAAAAGUGUGCGAUCGUCUCCUCAGAGUCUAAGGAGGAGGAGUAAGAAACUAUUUGGAGAUGAAAACACUGCCUUCGAUGCCUUGCUGGCAUUGGCUGAUUUAUCUCUAAUGAUGCCAGCAUCCACAAUAGAAUCCGAAUCAUCUGUACAGUUGAAGGAUGAAAAGGCUACUUUUGAUGCAACUGACAAGUUAAGUGCUCCUGAAGCUAUGUCCCCAAGCCAUCAAAAAGACAAAUCUAGACUACUAGGGAGCAAGGCAAUUCACCCAUUACAUGGAGUUGAGGUUGCUACCCCUCGAAAAUCUCAACCUCCAAAGGAUGCAGAAUCUGAUGUUAAUGAUAGCUCUGAAACAAAAGUGCAGUCGCAGUUUGCAAGUAAAGCAUGGAAAAGAAAACGAAAGUCCCUGUCAUCAAAAAUAUCGGCUCACUCUGAUCCUCAAAUGAGUGAACCUUAUCAAACUGAGGUCACAGCUGAGGGAGAAAAUAAAUCUCUGGGUAAAGGUAAGCGUAGCAGCCAAAUAUAUGCUCUUCCAAAACAAUGGAAAUCUGUCAGAUCUCCAGAGCGGUCUCUCUCAAACAGUGACCAGAGAAGAGGGGGGACAGAUGUUGCUGCAUCAAAUACAGAAUGCCCAAGAACAAAUCAACUUAGCUUACCAACCAAACAGCGAAGUAGGCGUAAGAUGGAUCCACAGAGAGUGUUGAUAAAGAAAGAGACAAAUUCUCCAGAGAAAAAUGCCAAUGAGCAAACCACUAAAUACUCUUCUUCGUUGCAAGACAGGGCAGCGUGUUUAAGUGAAAAGCUUUCUUGUUGUCUAACAUCUUCUGCAGUUCGAAGAUGGUGCACUUUUGAGUGGUUUUACAGCGCCCUUGAUUACCCUUGGUUUGCAAAGAGGGAGUUUGUGGAAUACUUAAAUCAUGUCGGACUAGGGCAUACUCCUAGACUAACUCGUGUUGAAUGGGGUGUUAUAAGAAGUUCUCUUGGCAAGCCUCGGAGAUUUUCUGAACGUUUCCUACAUGAAGAAAAAGUGAAACUUAAACAGUACAGGGAAUCUGUUAGAAUGCAUUAUACUCAACUUCGUGCUGGAAUGAAGGAUGGGCUUCCAACAGAUUUAGCACGGCCUCUAUCAGUUGGACAACGUGUAGUUGCUCUUCAUCCGAAAACCAGAGAAGUUCAUGAUGGAAGUGUGCUCACAGUUGAUCAUGACAAGUGCAGGGUUCAGUUUGAUCGUCCUGAGUUGGGAGUUGAAUUUGUCAUGGAUAUUGAUUGCAUGCCUUCAAAUCCAUUAGAAAAUAUGCCAGAAACUCUGAGGCACAGUGUUGAUAAAAUCUCUAUAAGCUCUAAAGAGCCUAGUGUGAAUGGGCAAUCAAAUAUUGGAGGGUCCAUGAUAUUUAGUCCAAGUGAACAUCCAGAGAUUGCAAAUGGCUAUUCUUAUUUGUCCUCAUCAAAUCAUUCGAUGAAUUCUUCCUUAAAGCAGGCAAAAGGAGAUACAAUCCAAGCCAUUUCACAAGCUAAAGUGGCAGCUGUUGGCACUGCUAAUACACAACAAGCAGCGUAUAACCAGUCCUCUAAAACAACUCAUGUCCAAGCUAGGGAAGCUGAUGUACGAGCGCUUUCUGAGCUGACCCGUGCUCUUGAUAAGAAGGAAGAAUUAUUGAUGGAGCUUAGGCAUGCAAAUAAUGAUGUAUUGGAAAACCGAAACAAUGGAGACAGUUGUUUAAAAGAUUCAGAACCUUUUAAGAAGCAUUACGCCACGGUACUUGUACAGCUAAAGGAAGCCAGUGAACAGGUUUCGUCUGCUAUUCUUCGUUUAAGGCAACGUAAUACUUACCCUGUUAACUCCCUGCCUCCUUGGUUGAAGCAACCAGCCACUUCAAAUGGCCCUGGGGGGGCCCCAACUUCUGUUGACAAUUUGCCAUUUAGUUCCCAAGAAGCUGGAUCUAAUGUAGUUGAAAUUUUCAAAGGAUCUAGAUCAAAAGCAAAUUCAAUGGUGGAAGCUGCUAUUCAGGCAAUUUCUGCAAUAAAGGAAGGGGAAGAUGCUUUUGCAAGGAUAGGUGAAGCUUUAAAUUCUCUAAGUAAACGACAGAUUACAUCUGAUUCUGGGGUAUCAGUGGUGAGGUCUCCAGAUCCAGUUAAUGGCAGUUUACCUCAUCACAACCAGUCGACUUCUUGCGCGUCGGAGUCCCUACCAACUAGUCAUGUAUCUGGCCUGCAGUUGGAUAAUAACACUGACAAAAAUGAAGUACAAGUCCCUUCAGAGCUCAUUACUUCAUGUGUAGCAACCUUGCUUAUGAUACAAACGUGUACUGAGCGACAGUAUCCACCAGCUGAUGUCGCCCAGAUACUGGAUUCUGCUGUUAGUAGCUUGCAUCCUUCUUGUCCUCAGAAUCUUCCAAUUUACAGAGAGAUACAGAUGUGCAUGGGAAGAAUUAAGACACAGAUAUUAGCUCUUAUACCAACAUAACACGCUGAUGCUGCCUAUAAUUCUACCCUGUAAAUAUGAAGCUGAGCUCGCUGUUCUUUUCCCUUAACCAGUUUUCCCUCUGUAUCUCUUGUUUGUGUUUCUUCUAUUUAUAACUGGAACCACCUAUUCGGUUCCGAUUGUAGCCCGAAAAAAAUGUUGUUUGUGUAAAAUUUUGGUCACUUUUUUUUUUUUUUUUGCCCCCAUUUGAUGCCACUAAAAUGUGUUGGCAGCUUGUUCUUCUGUCAAUAAUCUGUGGAUUGCUUUUUAAUCAGUAAUAAAAUAGCUGAUUUCUGCAGAA